GCUUUCUCAGAAGCAUGUUUCAGAUGUUGUCGAUGACAGCAAAGAUAACAUCACCAUUUUCACUCGCAUCCUGGACAGGCUGUUGGAUGGAUACGACAACCGCCUGAGACCUGGACUUGGAGACAGCGUAACUGAAGUCAAGACAGACAUUUACGUGACGAGUUUCGGCCCCGUCUCGGACACAGAUAUGGAAUACACUAUUGAUGUCUUUUUCCGGCAGUCCUGGAGAGAUGAAAGGCUGAAGUUUGAUGGUCCCAUGAAAAUACUUCCCCUGAAUAACCUGCUGGCCAGUAAGAUCUGGACUCCUGAUACCUUCUUCCACAACGGGAAGAAAUCUGUUGCCCAUAAUAUGACAACACCCAACAAGCUGCUGCGCCUGGUGGACAAUGGCACCCUACUGUACACUAUGAGGCUAACGAUUCAUGCAGAGUGCCCCAUGCACCUGGAGGACUUCCCAAUGGAUGUGCAUGCUUGCCCACUGAAAUUUGGGAGCUAUGCCUACACAAAGACAGAGGUGAUCUACACCUGGACACUGGGGAAGGAUAAAUCAGUCGAGGUAGCGAAGGGUGGAUCUCGCCUGAACCAGUAUGACCUGCUGGGCCAUGUUGUUGGGACAGAGAUGGUUCGAUCCAGCACAGGGGAGUAUGUCGUCAUGACCACACACUUCCACCUCAAGAGGAAGAUCGGGUACUUUGUGAUCCAGACCUACCUACCCUGCAUUAUGACGGUCAUCUUGUCCCAGGUCUCCUUCUGGCUUAACAGGGAGUCCGUUCCUGCCCGAACAGUUUUUGGUGUCACCACCGUCCUCACCAUGACCACACUAAGUAUCAGCGCAAGAAACUCGUUACCUAAAGUGGCGUACGCGACGGCCAUGGACUGGUUCAUAGCCGUCUGUUACGCCUUUGUGUUUUCUGCGCUGAUCGAAUUUGCCACUGUCAACUACUUCACCAAGCGCAGCUGGGCUUGGGAUGGCAAGAAGGUGCUGGAGGCCCAAGAGAUGAAGAAAAAAGAGCCAGUGGCACUAGCGAAGAAAACCAACAACACCUACAACAUUGUUGGCACCACAUAUGCCCUCAACAUUGCCAAGGACCCCUUUUUUUCCGCUGCCACUGCUACUGCCACGAACGUACCCCCCAAGAUGCCCCGUAUAGAGGAGAAGCUCCCAGAGAGUAAGAAGACAUACAACAGCGUCAGCAAGGUAGACAAGAUGUCCCGCAUCGUCUUUCCAGUCCUCUUUGCCAUUUUCAACUUAGUCUACUGGGCUACAUACGUAAACCGGGAGUCAGCUAUCAAGGGAAUGAUCCCCAAACAAUAAAACCGGUCACACAAACCUUCCAUCAGUGAGCACCAUCCAGGCAGGAAUUCUCCAG